AACCUCAUCAGCAGCCGCUCUGCCUGCGAAGUCGUAGCGCGGCGAUGCAACGCUGUUUCGGCACCUCGCCGGAACCCUAGAUGCACGAACACAACCGCCACCAACGCCUUCGGAGCUGGCCGGAGCUGUGGUUCGCCGACGCUCCUCUCAAGCCCCCGCUCAAGCAUGUGGUUCUCGACAUGCACCUUCCUGAGAAGCAGCAAACCCUAACGCUGGGCCCUGACCUCACUGCCCCUCUCUCUGAUGAGCUCCUCCUCCGCCUUCUCUCCGCCCUCCCGGACUCCGCGCUUCCCGCCGCCUCCCUCGUCUGCAAGCGAUGGCUCCGCCUCCUCGACCGCCUCCGCCGCCGCCUCAUCCUCCUUGACUGGUCUUCUCUCCCUCGCAUCCCUGGGCGCUUCCCAGACCUCUCCGACCUUGACCUCCUUCCCGCCUCCUUCUUCCCCUCGUCCCCUUCCCCUCUUAUCCUCACCCGCGACUCCGUCUCCAUCCCUCUGGAUCCCUAUCUCGAUCCCCCCAUCGGCGACUCUCCAUUCAUCUCCUCCGCCGCUCUCGACUCCGGCCUUGCGACCAUCGCCCAAGGCUGUCCCAACCUCCGUCGCCUCUCCCUCGUCGCCCCUCCCGCAUCUGAAGCCGGUCUCAUGUCCCUCGCUGAGCGCUGCACGACCCUGCAGGAGCUCGAGCUCCAUCGCUGCACCGACGUCGCGCUUCGCCCCAUCUCCGCCUUCACGAACCUCCAGAUCUUGAAGCUUGUGGGGUCCAUUGAGGGGCUCUACCGCGGGCCCGGGGUCACCGACGUGGGGCUCACCAUUUUGGCCCACGGCUGCAAGCGGCUCGUCAAGCUCGAGUUGGCCAGGUGUGAGGGGAGCUACGACGGGAUCAGCGCCGUCGGGCGGUGCUGCUUCAUGCUUGAGGAACUCACCCUCACCGAUCAUCGGAUGGAUGCCGGGUGGCUGGCCGGGCUAUCGUUCUGUGGGAACCUUAAGACGCUGAGGCUGCAGGGUUGCCGGAGCAUCGAUGCGGACCCAGGUCCUUCUGAGCAUCUUGGGACAUGCCCGACCAUUGAGCGAUUGCAGCUGCAGCGCUGUCAAUUGAGGGAUAAGAGGAGCUUGAGUGCCUUGUACAUGGUGUGCGAGGCCGUGAGGGAGAUCAUGUUUCAGAACUGCUGGGGACUUGAUAACGAUAUGUUUGGCAUUGCCAGCAUUUGCAGGAGGGUGAAAUUUCUCUGUCUAGAAGGUUGUUCUUUGUUAACAACAGAAGGCCUAGAAUCAGUGGUAUUGUCUUGGAAUGAUUUACAAAGUCUUGCGGUUGUCUCAUGCAAUAACAUAAAGAAUGAAGUGGUCUCCCCUGCCAUGUCGACCUUGUUCUCUGUUCUGAAAGAGCUAAAAUGGAGACCUGAUUCCAAAUCUGUCCUUGCGACCAACCUUGUGGGUACAGGAAUGGGAAAGAAGGGUGGGAGAUUUUUCAAGAGGACUUGAAAAGUUAACCGAUUUUGUUCCUAGCGUUGUCAGUAACAACCCUUGUUCUGAUGCAAUCCAAAAUACUUAUGCUGCUUCUGAAGAACAUCGCUAGGAACAGUUAUUGGACAAUUCGAGAAGCUAAGGCAAACAUGGAUACAAAAUCAGUCUUUGUGAUUAAAGAUCAUCUACUCUCUUCUUGUCUUGCCCUUAGAUUAGUAUAUAAGAGCAAGUUGGAGUCUAUUUGUAUCUCCAUUUAGUGGUCCAUUUCUUGAGAAGUUUUUCUUCAACACAUGACUCACUUCCGGUCUGAUGAAAUGCAGUUGAAUUGGGAGGGUAAUUUCUUUAGAUUAUGUUUGUUCAUCUGUUUGAAGUGAAAGGGAGAUCAAAAGAAGCAAUUCACCCUGUUCAUUGUUCAUUUGUAGCAACUUAUCAGAUAUUUUCAUCUAUAAUAUCUUUCUAUUCAUUUAAGAAUUUAGAAUUCCUGGACUCCAUGAUCUCAGACACGACAGUUCUAUAUUGCCUUAUUUGUGUAUGGUUUGCUGUUAUUGGGCAGGACUACAACAUUUUGAAUUGUAAGUG